CCUGACUAGAUCCUUAUCUGUUGGUCAAGUUUCUUGGUGCUCAUAUGUGGGGAGUUCAAUGACUCCGGUAAUGCGGAGUAUUCUUCCGCUUAUUUUCUCGCUAUUUGUCGUCGUUUUUGGGGGCUGGGCCGAUCCGGACAUCGGGAAACGCGACCUUCUCCAACUCACUUCAGCAGAACUUAACGCACUUGUAUCAAUACAAGAUCCAACUAGGCAUCUGGAUCCCGCUGAUUCGUCGUCUCAUCUGUCGAAAAUUCUUAUCCCGCGUGUUCCAAAUACCCCCAACAGCACACUUGUCCGUCGCCAUAUUGUAUCUACAUUUCGCGCAUUGAAAUGGGAUGUUGAGGAAGACGCGUUUACGGGACGGACGCCUUACGGCUCUACUAAGUUCACGAAUAUCAUUGCAACAAAGGACCCUAAAGCCGCAACCAAGCUUGUGCUGUCUGUUCAUUACGACAGCAAAUUCUAUCCUAAUUACCCUGAUAAUCAGUUCGUUGGUGCAACAGAUUCUGCUGCGGCAUGUGCUAUGCUUCUAGAUCUUGCUCAAUCUCUCGACCCAUUAUUAGAACGCCGGAAGAGGCUACUAGAAUCACAAGACUCAGAUGAGAUCGAAAACCCCGCAGCUCAUACCACUCUCCAAAUUAUUUUCUUUGACGGUGAAGAGGCUUUCAGGGAUUGGACGAGUGUUGAUUCAACGUACGGUUCCCGACAUUUAGCGGAAAAAUGGGAGAAUAAGUACGUUGAGCCACACCCCGCCCGGCGUUUGAAUCCACCGCGGACAGUCCUUUCAACAAUUGAACAUCUGAUCUUGCUUGAUUUGCUUGGGGCUCCUAACCCCAUUGUUCCAUCCUUUUACCCAUCCACGGGUUGGAUCUUCGACGCUCUUAUUUCAGCGGAAACUCGAUUGGAACAAUCUGGCCACCUGAUAUCUCGCGCUGCAAAAAAGUCCUCUCCCAAGGAUGUCUCAGCGCAUCCUCAAGACGAACAGACUCGUGCAUCUCGUAGUUUCUUUAAGCCUCGACGAGGCGCUGUUGAAUGGAAUGGGUGGAUUGACGAUGACCACAUGCCGUUUCUCCAACGUGGCGUCAGCAUUCUGCACGUCAUUCCUAACCCAUUUCCUAGAGUUUGGCAUACAUUGAAGGAUGAUGCAUCUGCCCUACAUGUUCCUACAAUGCGAAAAUGGAAUCUCGUCUUCAGAGUGUUUGUUGCUGAAUAUCUUGGUCUCCACCCUGAUACUGCAAGAAGGUUUGGCCCACUGCGCAAGGAGGACCUCGUUCGUAAUCCCUGUGGUAUCCUCGUAUUGUCCACUGACAUGCACCCAUACUAGUAGAUACAAUCUAUCUAAACAUGUGCCGGCGUUCACAACAUUAACAAGUAGAUUAUGGUGACAGUGAAAUAAUAAUACACAGAGGGGAAGGCGUUAUAGUCGGGAAUGUGUU